CAUUCCCCAAUAGACCCAUAUACUAUUCCACCUCAAACCAAUAUACGGCCACCGACGCCCUUUUUCUUCCUUCCAACUCUCCGUCUCUCUCCUCACCAAACUUUUCUUCUCAGAGGCAAAACAACAAACACCUAACCAAACCCUAUUCCCCCACUCCUCCUACUCCACCUUCUUCCUCCUUAUCCCACACCCAGAUCAGCUUUUAAGCUUAAGAUCUGACUUCCAAUCUAGAUCUUCGAACAAUUCAACAAUGGGCAAAGGCGGAGCUCUUUCCGAAGGCGUUAUCAAGAAGAUCGUGCUAUCCUACACCUACGUGGGUAUAUGGAUCUUCCUCUCCUUCACCGUGAUUGUCUACAACAAGUUCAUUCUGGAUCGCAAGAUGUACAACUGGCCUUACCCGAUCUCUCUCACCAUGAUCCACAUGGGCUUUUGUUCCUCCUUGGCGUACCUCCUCGUCAAAGUCUUCAAGGUCGUCGAGCCCGUACAGAUGUCUCGUGAUCUGUAUCUCAAAUCGGUUGUGCCAAUUGGGUUGCUUUACUCUCUCUCCUUGUGGCUUUCCAAUUCUGCUUAUAUAUAUUUGUCUGUGUCAUUUAUUCAAAUGCUUAAGGCUUUAAUGCCUGUGGCGGUGUAUUCUAUUGGGGUUCUUUUGAAGAAAGAGUCGUUUAAAUCUGAUACUAUGGUUAAUAUGGUUUCAAUUUCAAUUGGGGUUGCGAUUGCAGCUUAUGGGGAGGCCAAAUUUGAUAGCUGGGGUGUGAUUCUGCAACUGGGUGCUGUUGCUUUUGAGGCGACAAGGCUUGUAAUGAUUCAGAUUUUGCUUACAUCAAAGGGUAUUACAUUGAAUCCUAUUACUUCACUCUAUUAUGUUGCGCCCUGUUGUUUGGUUUUCUUGUCUGUACCGUGGAUUAUUGUGGAAUAUCCAAUAUUGAGGGAGACUUCAAGCUUUCACUUUGAUUAUGUGAUUUUCGGGACCAAUUCUUUUUGUGCUUUCGCCUUGAAUUUGGCUGUGUUUUUGCUUGUUGGGAAGACUUCAGCAUUGACUAUGAAUGUGGCUGGGGUGGUGAAAGAUUGGUUGUUGAUUGCAUUUUCUUGGUCGGUGAUUAAGGAUACUGUGACCCCGGUGAACUUGAUUGGGUAUGGAUUGGCUUUCUUGGCUGUUGGGUAUUACAAUUAUUCGAAAUUGCAGGCUCUUAAGGCGAAGGAAGCACAGAAGAAGGUUGCACAGCCUGAUGAGGAGGCUGGAAGGUUGUUGGAGGAGAGACAAGGAGAAAAUGGUGGAAAGAAGGACGAGUCAGAGGGUUGAUUUGAUCUGUAAUCUGAGUUAUUCUGCAGAAAAAGGGAAAGGGAAGAGAAGACUUAAUUGAAGUUAGCUAAAGGGUUUUGAGCAUGGAUGGCGACGAAAACCCGUUAUUUCAAUUAAGGUUUUUCUUCAGAUAUGUGGUUCUAGAUUUUCUUUAUGUCCUUUUGUCUUUAUAAUUUAUAGGUCAUCUUGUUCAUUGUCACUUCAUGGUAUUGGUUGUUUGAUGUCUAAUUCUUAUAAUGCCAAUUAAUGUAUGCGACCUGAGAAAGAUUUCUUGUUUUUAUGUUUUAUCUCUUGUACUCAUCCUUUUGGAGAAAAUUUUGAUGCUUUUAUUCACGGUUCAAUUCAGUGCUCUGUUUUUAUUUGUUGCAUUUCAUAUUUGACAUUUUUUG